AUGGAAAUGGAGAAAGUAGUAGCAGAGGAGCUGCCGAAGGCUAUUGUGCGCCGGGUGGUGAAGGAUACUCUCUCCCAGUGCUCCCCCGAUGAUUCUGACGUUAAUGUCCACAGAGACGCCCUCCUCGCUUUCUCCGAAAGCGCCCGCAUUUUCAUCCACUAUCUUUCCGCCACGGCUAAUGACAUAUGCAAGGAAUCAAAGAGACAAACGAUGAAUGCUGACGAUGUGUUUAAAGCUCUCGAAGAAAUUGAGUUUCCUGAGUUUGUUGGGCCUCUCCAAAUCUCCCUGAAUGAAUUUAAGCGGAAGAAUGGUGGAAAGAAGGUAGGAUCAUCACAGACCAAAGAGGUGAAAAAGAAGAGGAAAACAGAAGAAGAGCCAUCAAAGAAAAGUGGAGGUAAAAGCACACCAAAGAAACGGGACACUAGUAAAAAGUGA